GCGGGGCGGGGCGGGGCGGGGCGGGGCCUGCGGUGAGGUCACGCGCGAUGGGCGGCUCUGCCGCGGGGCGGCGGCGCGGCGUGGGCACUGCGGGGCUCAAGGACGGACGCACUGUCAGACCCGGGCUCGCAGGGCCGGCGAGGGGGCUAUAGCGCCUCCAGUCGACCAGGAGCUCCCAGAGGGCAGGGGGUUGUCCCACCCUCUCUGUGCCCUGCCCCAGCCCUGGCCUGAGUUGAAUCGAAGACCAGCUGCUCUCCACUUCCCUGCUCCCACUCUGCCCUCUCACCUCCGGCCAUGGUGCCCCUGUUCGCCCUGUUCCUGGUGGCCUUGGUGGGCCUACCUGUGGCCCAGGCUCUGGACUGCCACGUGUGUGCCUACAAUGGCGAGAACUGCUUCAACCCCAUGCGCUGCCCGGCCAUGGUCACCUACUGCAUGACCACGCGCACUUACUACACCCCGACCAGGAUGAAGGUGAGCAAGUCGUGCGUGCCCAGCUGCUUUGAGACCGUGUACGAUGGCUACUCCAAGCACGCGUCCACCACUUCCUGCUGCCAGUACGACCUCUGUAACGGCGCUGGCCUUGCAGCCCCUGCAACCCUGGCCCUUGUACUCCUGGCCACCCUCUGGGGUCUGCUCUAAAGCCCCGUCCCGCCCUCCACAGACUCACUCAAGGGCAAAGUGCUGAGCAGCACGGUCCCACCCUCUCCCCCUGCGCACUCCCUCUUUGCCCUCCCCAGACACCCCCCCC